AUGGAGGCAGCAGGCACGCGCAACCGCUCCUCCGCGCGUCACGGCGCGGCGGUGGCGUUCAGCGGAAGCGUGCGCCGUUGGCGCAAGCAGUGGACCGCCGUGGGGCCCACCCGCCGCCUUCUCGUCCUGAGAUGGACGCCGCAACCGCCCCGCCCAUCAGGUACGCCAUACGAGCUCUUUUCUCCAGCAGCCCAGCCCACCCACCGACUGGUGGUGCUCCGAUGGAUCAAGGUACGCGAGCGCUCCACCCAACACCAUCAGGUACGCGAGCGCUCCACCCAACAGCAGCAGAAGCGUGCGGCCGUAGCGCAAGCAGUAAACCGCCGUGGGGCCCACUCGCUGCCUGCUCGUCCUCCGAUGGACGCCGCAACCCCCCCGCCCAUCAACCCCUCUCGUUGCUGCCUUCUCUCGCGCCCCUGGGGUAGUCCCAGACACUGCAGCCCCCGCGACCCACAGGUACCGGAGGAGCUGGGGGCGCUGGAGGUGUCGUCCACAGGCCUGUCGUCGCUGCUCAACGCGGAGAUUCGGUUACUUGCCUUGCAAUCGCCUGGAGGAGGCUCGAGAGGGGAGGCAGGAGGAGCAGCAAUGAGUGUGGGGCUUGGAGGUGCAGUGAAGGUCGCGACACAGGCACAGGGGCACGGGGGUGGGGGUGCUGGUGGGGGCGUAGGGAUGCGUGGGGGAGGGGAUGGGGAUGGGGACGAGAAUGAGGAGGAGGAGGGUGGGGAGGGGGCUGGAAUGGCGAUUGAUAUUGAGAAAGGUGAGGGAGGGGGUGUGGGGAAGGGGGGAGAGGGAGAGGAGGAAGAGGAGGUGGAAGAGGAGGAGGAAGAGGAGGAGCAGGAGGAGGAGGAAGGAGGUCAGGAAGGGGAGGAGGAGGUGGGGGGAGAAGAAGAGGAGGAAGAGGAGGGUGAUGAGCAGGAAGGGGAAGAGGAGGAGGAAGAGGAGGAAGAGGAAGAGGAGGAGGUGGUGGGAGUGGAGGGUUCAACUCCUAUGAUUGACGAUACAGAAGCUGAAGAGGAAGCAGAGGAGGUGGAGGAGGAGGAUCAAGGGGAGGAGGGAGAUGAGGGGGAGGAGGGAGAUGAGGGGGAGGAGGGAGAUGAGGGAGAAGGGGAAGAUGAAGGAGAGGAGAUUGAAGGGGGAGAGGAGGGGAAUGAGGGAGGGGAAGGGGGGAUGGACGGAGAAGGAAGAGGGGAUGAAGAGGGGAACGAGGGAGAGGGGAAUGGAGAAGAGGAAGAGGAGCAACUGGAGGAAGAGGAGGAGGUGGAGGAGGAGGAAGAGGAGGGAAAUGCACAAAAGGGUGGGGAGGGAGAUGAGGGAGGAGACGACGAGGGAGGGGAUGAGGGAGAUGAGGAGGAGGAAGAGGAGGGGGUAGAGGAGCAAUUAGGUGAUGAUGGGAUGGGGGAUGCUCAAGAGGUGGAGAAUGAUGAGUAUGAGGGGGAGGAGGGUGGGGAUCAAGAGGAGGAGGAAGGGGACGGGGACGAGGAGGAGGUGGGAGAGGGGGAAGAGGAAGAGGGAGAGAGGGUUGAGGAGGAAGAUGGGGAGGGAGAGGGGGAGGAAGAGGACGGAGAUGAGGACGGAGAUGAGGAGGGAGAUGAGGAGUGA